AUGUCCGGUCACAACAACAGGAUGAAGCUGGCUGGGUCGACCUUGUCAAGGAUCCUCACCCAGAAUGGCAUCGAGCAUGCCUUCAUUGGCGGAUUCGCCCUCAACGUUCUUGGCAGCCAUCGCGAAACCCAAGAUAUCGAUGUCGAGAUUGCUGUUGAUGAUAUCCAUGAACUCCGAGGUCGCGUCACCCGGAUCCUUCGCGAAGCCGACUCCCGUUUCGUUGUAAAGUCUCCUCACAACAAGCUCUUCUUUGUCAUGGAUGACGUCGAAGUUCCGAUCGAGACUCUCCCGCGUGGAUCUCUCAACUUGCCUCGUCGACUUGUCGUAUUCCGCCCCGGUGAUGGAACUAUCCCUGUUUUGGUACCAGGAGUCCUUGUUCUCACCAAGAUGAAGCGCGCGGCGAACUUCAUCGGUAGCACCCGACCCCAGUCCAGGGCGAAAUAUGACAGCGACUGUAUCGAUAUUCUUUACCUGCUCGGAUGGCUUCGAAAAUACAACCAAAAGAUCGACUUCGCCAAUUAUGAUGCAGCAAAGCCCGAGAGUGUCUACGCUGGACUUCGAAAUAUCCGUACGCAUUGGGCUGCUCAAGGCCAAGACAACGCUUUCCAACUCUUAGAUAGCCUCCUUCAGCCGAAUGAUAGGGAAAUAAUUGUGGGGAACUGA